GGGAAUGUGAGUCAUUGAUAGAAAUUCGGACGCGAUUUGAUUGGAGAUGGCCGCUUUAAGAACUUUGGAGUUUUCUUCAUAAUUUGUGAGCUAUUUGCCAAUUUGGCCGGCUGAUAAGAAAAUCUUGGCUCUGUUAACUAUAAUAACACCUUUGACCCUAUACGUCGAUAAUUAAUUAAAGAGAAACAGUUAUGGAAGUGCCAGAACUCGUUAGUGAUACAUCUUCGGUAUAUCAAUCUUCACCAGAGAUACAACCGUUUGAUAAAUCGCAUGAUAUGGGAACACUCGCCAAUGACAUGCUUGAAUUAGAUUACGCAUGUAUAAGCUGUAAUCCAAACAACACAACUGGAUUCGUCUGUCCUACACCCUUCUCAAUAAUCACUAAAAAGACAAAGAAAAAUGUUGAAAACUGGCAUACAAAUCUAAUAAGAGGAGAUAAAUUUAGAGAAAUUGGUAUAAGAAAUCAUGAAGAAUGUACAGGUUGCCACAGAUUUAUACCAUCAAAAAUACCAAAUCUUAAUAACUGUAGUUGUUGUGGCUCACACAGUUGCGAUUCAAUAAAUCCAAAUGGAUGUAGUCGUAAUUUCAAGAUUACACCCUUAGAAUCACCUAAACUACCUCCAAAUUCACUCAAUUGGAUCUUAUCAAAUCAUAACGCAGCUACACUUCUUAAGAAGUAUGAAACUGUAGAUAGCUUACUCGGAGCUGUAGUGCAAGUUUUACCAAAAAGUGGUGAGAAUGCACGCAUUUUAUCCAAUGGAAUGGUUAAAAAACUUGAUGAUAACAUCUGUUCAAACUGUGUUUGGAAAGAUGUUGUCGUCGAUGGUCUUCACCUCCUUUGGAAACAUACCAAUAGCAGCAAAUAAGCUUUCUUUAAUCAACCUAGUCACACGCAACUUCAAAUCAAACGACAAUAUCAAAGUAAAGAUCUUCAUGAUUCACUCACUCUUUAGCAACUCUUUUGUAAUUCUAUUGUUAGCAGCUG